UCCGGACCGACCCUCCUCAUCCUCCCCGGGACACACCAUGCAGCCAGCCGCCGCCCUGCUCCUGCUCCUCGGCCUCAGCGCCGCCGCCUGCUUCGAGCUGCUGCCGGAGGAGGCCGCUCCCCGCCGGGCACGCUUCUCCGCCAACAGCCCGACCGAUGUGGCCAGAUGUCUGAACGGCGCCGUCGCUGUGGGCUGCGGAUUCUUCUCCUGUCUGGAAAACUCCACCUGCGACACCGAUGGGAUGCACGAAAUCUGCGAACUCUUCCUCCACUCAGCUGCCACCUUUAACACAGAGGGAAAAACCUUCGUCAAGAAAAGUCUGCACUGCAUCUCCCAGGGAAUCUCGUCCAAGGUUUUCCAAACUAUCCGCCGCUGCAACAUCUUCCAGAGGAUGAUCGCAGAGGUCCAGGAGGAGUGUUACACCAGCCUGGACAUCUGCACGGUGGCUCGAACCAACCCGGAGGCCAUCGGAGAGGUGGUGCAGGUGCCGGCACACUUCCCAAACAGAUACUACAGCACGCUGCUGCAGACCCUGCAGGCGUGUGACGAGCAGACGGUGGCGGCGGUGAGGACUGGCCUCAUGGCCCGGUUAGGCCCCGACAUGGAGACCUUCCUGCAGCUGGUCCAGAACAAACCCUGCGCCACGGGCUCCGGCGCCGCCGCCUUCAACAACCCGUCCAGCUGGAGGAACAUGCCCGUGUUCAACAUCCAGCCGGGCUUCAGGGGCCGCGACCCCACACACCUGUUCGCCAGGAAGAGGUCUGUGGACGCCGUGGAGGGAGGCGAUAAAGCAGAACAGUAGAUAACACACACACUUACACACACACUAACACACACACUUACACACACGGCACCCUGAUUAUUGUUUCCACACAAACAUGCAGCUCGACAUGAUUACCUUGUGCAGCUUUAGAUGGUGAUUCAGGGUGAAAUUUAGGAGUAAAGAUGUUUUUAUCUCAGUCCCGUCUGACAGACAUUUAAAAAGAGGCCUGUUUCAAUGAUUAUAAUUGAUAUUUAUUUUCUUAAAGGAGUUAAUUAUUUAUGAGGCUGUUGUAUUUAAUGUAGUGAGAGAGAGGAAGAGGCUGUGGAGGUCAGAGGACGCUCUCGCGCUGGUCGUGGAGCUCCUCGUGGUCCGCUCUGCUGGUCUGAGGUCACUUUUAAAAGAUGUUCGUGAUGUUUUUCUGUUGUGCAACACAAGAGAGGGAAGCCACCUGGGCUGCUUUGUGUUAGAAAUAAAUGAUGAUAU